AAAAAAAAAGAAGAAGAAAUUGACCUGGUUUGAGGUUGACGUCGCUGGUUGCAGUUUAUUUUUUGGAACGGCUGGCUGCUGCUCGGACACCGGGGACGUGUUGUUAUAUUAUUUGAACAGAGUAAAAUAAAAUCAUGCUGCUUCGUAAAGUGAGCCAGUCUUCCGCCCUGUGUGGUACCAUUCUCAGGAUUCCUCCGGCGCUAUCUGGAGGUCAGCGUCAGGCCGGGGUGGUUGCGCUGCAAAACAGCCGUCUGUACGCCAGCCAAGCAGCCCAGGCAGUGUUGGAGAAGCCUGCAGCAGUUGGCAGUGACGCAGCCGCUAAAGUGGAAAAGCAGGCAGUUGCUGCUGAAUCCAAAUCAUUCGCUGUCAGCAUUUUCAAGGGGCAGAUUGCAACUGCUCAAGUGUUCCCCUUUCCCUCAGUCCUCAGUGAGGAGCAGGAUCAGUUCCUUCGAGAGCUCGUGGGGCCAGUCCACAAGUUUUUUGAGGAAGUCAAUGAUCCUGCCAAGAAUGACGCCUUGGAGAAGGUGGAGGAUCACACCAUGGACGGCCUGAAGGAGAUGGGGGCCUUUGGCCUGCAAGUGCCAGCCGACCUGAACGGCCUCGGCCUUUCAAACACCCAGUAUGCCCGACUGGUUGAGAUCGUCGGCAGUCAUGAUUUGGGCGUUGGCAUCACUCUGGGUGCCCACCAGUCAAUUGGCUUCAAAGGAAUUCUGCUUUUUGGGAAUCCAGCCCAGAAGGCCAAGUACCUGCCUAAGCUUGCCACAGGUGAGCAUAUAGCUGCCUUCUGCCUGACCGAACCUGCCAGUGGUUCUGAUGCCGCCUCUAUCAAGACUACAGCCGUUCAGUCCCCCUGCGGAAAGUACUUCACUCUCAAUGGAAGCAAGAUCUGGAUCAGCAAUGGAGGGUUGGCUGAGAUCUUUACAGUGUUCGCCAAGACACCCAUGAAGGAUCCCAAGACAGGGGAGAUGAAGGACAAGAUCACAGCUUUCGUUGUUGAGAGGAGCUUUGGAGGAGUGACAAAUGGCCCUCCAGAGAAGAAAAUGGGCAUCAAGGCAUCCAACACAGCCGAGGUCUACUUCGACAAUGUUCGCGUGCCAGCCGACUGCGUCCUGGGAGAGGUGGGAGGAGGUUUCAAGGUGGCCAUGAACAUCCUGAACAACGGCCGCUUUGGCAUGGCGGCCGCCCUUUCCGGCACGAUGAAGGCCUCCAUCGCCAAAGCUGUGGACCAUGCUGCCAACAGAACCCAGUUUGGAAGCAAGAUCCACACCUAUGGAGCCAUCCAGGAGAAGAUGGCUCGCAUGACUAUGCUGCAAUAUGUUACUGAGUCAAUGGCCUACAUGAUCAGUGGAAACAUGGACAGUGGAGCAAGUGAAUUCCAGAUUGAAGCUGCCAUCAGCAAGAUCUUUGCUUCUGAAGCAGCAUGGAGUGUGACUGACGAGUGUAUUCAGGUUAUGGGCGGCAUGGGUUUCAUGAAGGACUCCGGAGUGGAGAGAGUAAUGAGGGAUCUGAGAAUUUUCAGAAUCUUUGAGGGCACAAACGACAUCCUGAGACUCUUUGUGGCUCUCAAUGGCUUCCAGAAUGCUGGCAACCAACUGAAGGGCUUACAGAAAGCCCUGAAGAACCCCCUUGGCAACGCUGGGCUGCUUGCAGGAGAAAUCACCAAGAGAGCCAAAAGAAAGGCAGGUUUGAGCACUGGUCUGACACUGCAGGGAACUGUACACCCUGAGCUGGCACAGAGUGGUGAACUGACAGUUAAAGCUAUCGAACAAUUCGGAGUGGUCAUUGAGGAGCAGUUGAUCAAACACGGCAAGAAGAUCAUCGACGAACAGUUCGUCUUGAAGAGAGUGGCAGACUGUGCCAUCGACCUCUACGCCAUGGUGGUUGUCCUGUCGAGGGCCUCACGCUCUCUGAGUCAGGGCCAUGCUUCAGCUCAGCAUGAGAAGAUGCUGUGUGAGACAUGGUGCAUGGAGGCCCAUGACCGAGUCAUGCGCGACAUCAAGCUGCUGCGUUCCAGUGAUUCCAAAAAGCUCUUCAAGAACCUGCGGGCCAUCUCUGCUGCGGUGGUGGAGAAUGGAGGACCAGUGUCUCCUCACCCAUUGGGUUUCUAAACACUACACGUCCACACACACAAGUCUUGAUGUCUGAUUUUGCUCAUUAUUUUCAUCACACGUCUGAAUCUCUGACCAGACUCUGGUUCUUGUUCGCCAAGUCCUCCCAGACUUUAUCAACUGCAUUAUUGCCAUCAUUGCUCCGUUACACAUCAGUGCCCUUGUACCUGCUUUGUACAAUUAGGCUUUCAUGUAAGGAGUGAAACUCAGAAAAGGAAAGAUUCACAGCUUUUACACAGACGUCAUAAGUUAUUGUUCCAUCUGGUGUAACCAGUUUUGAUGUCUUUGUAAAGCAGUUUUUUGUCAUUUAUUUAUUGAACUCUCGAAAACCUGAGCUGGUGUUGUUAUCUUUAGAAAAUAUGAAUGGUUUAGAUCGCUCCAAAAUAUCACAAUAGACAUUCAGUGCAUCUAAAACAGCCAAUGACUGACACCUUCCAUGUGUGCGUCUGAGACUCUGAAAGGUUUUGCAUAUUUCCUGGACUUUAGCAAUUAAACCUGUCGUAACAUUAAGUUAUGAUGCUAUCUCUGUUAAUACAACAACAUCAAUGCAACUGUGAGACCGGAGGCCAGUUAACAGGAAGCUUAUCUGUUUUAUGGACGAAACUAUGUGAAAGGACAGAUUGUUAGCUUUUGUUUUGUACACUUGCCUACAUUGUGUUGAAUGUAGAAAACAGUGCAGUGUUUUUUUUUUUUUUUUCACACCUUUCUGCCUCUUAAGCUCACUCGGUGCUCGCAGAUACAAACAUGUCAGAUGCAAAACCUUUGCCUUAGAUACUGGUCCACAGGUGCUGUUAGAAGCCUAUCCUGUGUUGUGGUAUGACUCAGACACAGAGAGCUUUUCUUCAACUUUACUCUGUACUCUUUACUCAUGGCUCCCACAUUAACUUCUACUACUUAUUUCUUCAACUGCAACUGUAGAAAGUGUAACAGUGUGCAUACCUAGUUGUAAUAUAAUUCUAAGAAAUGCUAAUUUCUUAUUGCUCAAACUUUAGGCUUAUGACUGUCUGUACAUAUAAUGGAGUGACAUAAUCUACAGGUGAAUAUUAGGAAACAAUACUGCUGUUAAAUGUGAUCAUAUUGCUUUACAGAGAUCAAAUAUUAUCGAAAAAGUGAUCUGAUACGAACACCACAUGACUUAUUCUGAUUUAGUCACAGUGUUUGAGCGGAUCCACGUCAAACACACGAUUUGGAUUCAUAACAAUCCAUUUUUCUGCCUUAGCAAGCAUGUGUAAGCGCAACGGAUGUCCAUAUAAAUGUAGUUUAUUUGUACGGCAGGUUUUCUGUCAUUAAACAGCUUUGUGAGGCUUUUGCCUGAAAAAGUA